AUGGGCAGUUUUCAAUUGGAAGACUUUGCUGCCGGCUGGAUUGGAGGAGCAGCCAGUGUCAUCAUCGGCCACCCUCUGGACACAGUCAAGACUCGACUGCAGGCCGGCGUGGGCUAUGGGAACAUGUUUAGCUGCAUCCGCUUGCUGUACAGGCGGGAGAGUAUGUCUGGCUUCUUCAAGGGCAUGUCCUUUCCCCUCGCGAGCAUUGCCGUCUACAACGCAGUGGUGUUCGGGGUCUUCAGUAACACGCAGAGGUUCCUCAGCCAGCACCGCUGCCGGGAGCUCGAGGCCAGCCCUCCCCGCACCCUGUCUGACUUGUUCUUGGCGAGCAUGGUGGCCGGCGUGGUGUCGGUCGGGCUAGGUGGGCCCGUGGACCUCAUCAAGAUCCGGCUGCAGAUGCAAACUCAGCCCUUCCGUGAAGCCAAUCUUCAUUUGAAAGUUCCAGGGGAGCAGCCAGCAUACCACGGGCCUGUGCACUGCAUGGCAACCAUUGUGCGGAAUGAGGGCCUGGCGGGCUUGUACCGGGGUGCCAGCGCCAUGCUGCUGAGGGACGUCCCAGGCUAUUGCCUCUACUUCAUCCCCUACGUGUUCCUGAAUGAAUGGAUCACACCAGAGGCCUCUGCAGGCCCCAGCCCCUAUGCUGUGUGGCUGGCGGGAGGCAUGGCAGGAGCAAUUUCUUGGGGGACAGCAACACCUAUGGAUGUUGUAAAGAGUCGACUCCAGGCUGAUGGAGUUUAUUUCAGCAAAUACAAAGGUGUCCUGGACUGUAUCUCACAGAGCUACCAAAAAGAAGGUUUUAAAGUCUUUUUCAGAGGCAUCACCGUGAACGCUGUGCGGGGGUUCCCCAUGAGUGCAGCCAUGUUCCUUGGUUAUGAGCUCUCCCUGCAGGCACUCCGAGGGGACCAUGCAGCAACACACCCGUGA